AUGAACCCGAACCUGAACAAUACUAAUCUGUACGUGGGCCCGAGAAAGCCUUCGAAAGUCCAAGGAGGCCAUAGGGCGGCAAGAGGAUGGCUAGGUUUACCCUGUCUGAGGCAACUUCAGUACGUCAUUACGCCGGUGUGGCAUGCAAUUCGGCCGACGGAGUGCUGUGCAUUUUCGUUGGGAUGGGGAAGGAUAUUGGGGGGCGUAUGAACUCAGCGUAGUACUUACCCCACCUUGUCUCCGUUUCCCUUGAGGACUGAAGUAAUAAGCGUGAAA